GUGUAUCACCGGUAAAACCAAGAUCAAGGUCCUAUGGACAAGAGUAUAAGAUAAUUCAAUAGAAAACACAGAGUUAUUAGCUUUAAAAAAAAAUUUAAAAAAACAAAAUCUAAAAUUAUCAAUUGAAUAUUAAUUUUAUCCAAUAUGAUUAAAAAAACAAAUACUAGUGUUAUUUAUUUUUUAUUGUUUAUAUUUUUCAUUGUUUUGGGUGAUAAUUGUUCAUUAGCUAUUGGAAAAUAUCGAAAUCUUGAAUUUAUUGAGGCAUGUUCACGUAAAAAUCCAGAACUCGAAAGCUGCUUAGCUAGAUCUGCAAAUGUACUUACACAUCGUUUUAGAAAUGGUCUUCCACAAUUAGGCUAUCCAGAAGUUGAACCAAUAAUUGUUGAUGAAGUUCACAUUGCACUAGGUGGUGGUCCAGACGGAUACAAAGCUCAAUUUCGUGAUAUUGCAGCAAGAGGAGUUUCAGCUCUUAGAAUAACUGGUUUGAGAACUAAAAUUUCUGAUGAUGAAGUACAAAUACAAUUGGCUUUAACAAUUCCAACAAUUAAAGUAAAAGCUCAAUAUCGGUCUAGUGGAACUUUGAUACUUGUACAAGCUAGUGGAGCUGGAGAUUAUUGGGGAGAAUAUGAAAAUGUUAAAGCCAAAGUUUUUAUAAAAGCAAAACCAUUUACUAAUGAAAAUGGUGAAAAACAUCUUAGACUUCAACAAUUAAAUUUAGAUUUCAUUGUUCAAAAUAUCAAAAUGGGAGUUGAAAAUGUACAUGAUGGAAAUACUAUUUUACAAGCUGCUUUGAAUUUGUUUAUCAACAGCAAUAGUCAAGAACUUUUAAAAGAAAUGAAACCAGCUUUACGAAGAAAAUUAAUACAAGUUAUGACAUCAUUUGUUGAAAAUCUUUUUAGACAAGUUCCAUAUGAUGCUUGGAUCAGUGAUUAG